UGUCCGCCAUUUUGUUUUGUGAAAGGUUGAUGGAGUGACGAAGUCAGGACGGUUUGACGAUGUUACGGGUCGGUCAGUGCUCGGGAAGGGUCCUGCGGGCUGCGACAACAUGCACAAACAUCAGGUGUGCCUCUCAGGCAGCCAAGGCGCCCGAAAAAAUCGAGGUGUUUGUUGAUGACAAGCGGGUACUUGUGGACCCCGGUACGACGGUGCUGCAGGCGGCCGCCAUGGUGGGCGUGGAGAUCCCCCGCUUCUGUUACCACGACAGGCUGUCCAUCGCAGGUAACUGCCGGAUGUGUCUGGUUGAGGUGGAGCGCUCGCCCAAACCGGUGGCGGCCUGCGCCAUGCCCGUCAUGAAGGGCUGGAAGAUCAAAACGGACUCGGACAUGACCAAGAAGGCGCGGGAAGGAGUCAUGGAGUUCCUAUUGGUCAAUCAUCCGCUGGACUGUCCCAUUUGUGACCAGGGAGGGGAGUGUGACCUGCAGGACCAGUCCAUGACGUUUGGCAGUGACAGAAGUCGUUUUACUGACAACGCCUUCUCCGGGAAACGUGCCGUCGAAGACAAAAACAUCGGACCUCUGGUCAAAACCAUCAUGACUCGCUGUAUCCACUGUACCAGGUGUAUCAGGUUUGCCAGUGAGAUAGCAGGUGUGGAUGACCUGGGCACAACAGGGCGUGGUGGGGACAUGCAGGUCGGCACAUAUGUUGAGAAACUGUUCAAGUCGGAGAUGUCAGGGAACGUGAUUGACCUGUGUCCGGUGGGAGCGCUCACGUCCAAACCGUACGCUUUCACCGCCAGACCGUGGGAAACCAGGAAGACAGAAACCAUUGAUGUGAUGGAUGCUGUGGGCAGCAACAUUGUAGUCAGUACUAGGUCUGGUGAAGUGAUGCGGAUCCUCCCUCGCCUACACGAGGACAUCAAUGAGGAGUGGAUAUCCGACAAGACACGGUUUGCGUACGACGGUCUGAAGCGACAGCGCCUGACCCAGCCCAUGAUGAAGGACGAUAGCGGGAGCCUGGGGCCGUGUACGUGGGAGGACGCCCUGCUGAGGACCGCGGGCCGGCUACACGGUGUGCGGGGGGAGGAGGUGGGGGCCGUCGUGGGGGGGCAGGUGGACGCUGAAGCUCUGAUCGCCCUGAAGGACCUACUCAACAGGCUGGGCAGUGAAGCACUCUGCACAGAGGAGAUCUUCCCCAUGAAUGGUGCGGGGACAGACCUGCGCUCCAACUACCUGCUCAACACGUCCAUCGCAGGUGUGGAGGAGGCAGACGUGCUGCUGCUGGUGGGGACAAACCCGCGCUUCGAGGCUCCACUCUUCAACACACGCGUCCGGAAAAGCUGGCUGCACAACGAUCUCCAGGUGGCGGUGCUGGGCGCACCUGUCAACCUGACGUACGAGUACGCCCACCUGGGGAAGUCUCCCAGCGCUCUACAGGACCUCAUCGACGGGAAACACCCGUACUCCAAGGUCCUGGCAGACGCCAAACGUCCCAUGGUGGUGGUAGGCAGCGAGGCUCUACAGAGGGGAGACGGGGCGGCUGUUCACAAGGCCGUCAGCGCGCUGGCACAGAAGCUGCGCACGACCAGCCAGGCAGACGGGGAGUGGCGAGUUCUGAACGUGCUGCACAGGGUGGCCAGCCAGGUGGCAGCGCUGGAUCUUGGUUACAAGGCGGGGGUGGACGCCAUCCGAGAGAACCCGCCCAAGGUGCUGUUCCUGCUGGGCGCGGACGGUGGCGCUGUUACACGUGAAGAUCUUCCCAAAGACUGCUUCGUUGUUUACCAGGGUCACCACGGCGAUGUGGGAGCACCUAUGGCCGACGUGGUCUUGCCAGCGGCGGCGUACACGGAGAAGACGGCCACGUACGUAAACACGGAGGGCCGCGCCCAGCAGACCAGAGCGGCCGUCAACCCGCCCGGGAUGGCACGGGAAGACUGGAAGGUCCUGCGGGCGCUGUCGGAGCUGGCCGGCCUCACGCUGCCGUACGACACGCUUGACGAAGUCCGAGGGAGGCUGCGGGAAGUUUCGCCCAACCUGGUGCGGUACGGAGACGUCGAAGACGCUAACUACUUCAAGCAGGCACAAGAGCUGUCAGGUCUAGUGGAGGGGAAAAUCAGCGCAUCACCCCUGCAGCCAACUCUGCAGGAACUUAAGGACUUCUUUAUGACAGAUUCUAUCAGUCGAGCCUCCCAGACCAUGGCCAAAUGUGUCAAGGCUGCAUCAGACGAGCAGGAGAGCAAGCAUACAGAAUACUAGCUUUCAAUUUCAGUGUGUUAUCUGGUGCAGUGAUGCUGCUUCAUACAGUAACAGGAUAUCAAUAUCAAAACCAGUGGGGAAAAUACAAAAGAAUUAAAAUAGGCUUGAUCUAAUUUGCUCCAAUGUAACAUAUAUAUAUAGAAAGUGUGAAGUAAACAAAAGAGUGCUAAAACCUGUAUUACUGCACUGUACAUGUACAUCCCAAAUGUGUUAGAAGUUCUUUUACCUUGAAACUACAUGACUGUAUAGGUACCAGAUAAGAGUCCAUACUGUUAUUGAAUUUCCACAUUAUCAGUUACAUUUCAAUGAAGAUGAAUGACAAAAUGUGACUUGCAGCUGUGUUCUACAUGCUUGUGACAAUAAAGUUGUGUUCAACAA